AUGGGCCUCCAUCGGGAGAGCUCGUUUGAAGACCUUUCCCCUUUCGAGGCGGAGUUGAGACGGCGAGUCUGGUGGAAAAUUGCCAUUCUGGAAGGGCGCACAGCGCAAUCAACUGGAACCUCUAUGAAUUCCGGCAUCCAGCUAUACGGAGACACAAAGCAACCUCUGGGCGUCACCGGCGAUAACCUCGUUCCGUCCAUGAGCGUUUUGUCCCGCCCAUCUCUCGUCACAACUGAGAUGGUGUUCUGCUCAGUCCGCAUCGAGAUAGGGGUGUGGAUAAUUAAGCAGAAAUGCCUUCUUGACUUUGCAACAUCGGCGGAAAGAAAGUACAAGUUCCUCAAGUCGAUUGACGACCUUGAGAGUCACAUUGAGGAACAAUAUCUCCGGGCUAUCAAUAUUGACAUUCCAUUGAACCUAUUGGCGACGUAUCUCGCUCGAUCCGCUGUCUGCUAG